AUGAACAACUAUGAGGUUGUGCGUCAGAUCGGAGAGGGUGCGUUUGGAAAAGCCUUCCUGGUGCGAGAGAGGGGAGGAGCCAGACAGUGUGUGGUCAAACAGAUCGACCUCCGGAAGAUGUCACCCAGGGAGAAGGAAGCGUCCAAGAAGGAGGGGACGCUGCUGUCGGAGAUGAGACACCCCAACAUCGUCUCCUUCUCUGCGUCCUUUCAAGAGAGAGGAAGUCUGUACAUUGUUAUGGAGUACUGUGACGGAGGAGAUCUGAUGAAGAAGAUCAACAUGCAGAGAGGAGUCAGCUUCUCUGAGGAGCAGAUCAUCAGCUGGUUCACUCAGAUCUGUUUGGGCCUCAAACACAUUCACGACAGGAAGAUUCUCCACAGAGACGUGAAGACUCAGAACAUCUUUCUGUCCAACGGAGGGAUGAAAGCCAAGCUGGGCGACUUCGGAAUCGCAAGAAUGUUGAAUAACACCAUGGAGCUCGCCAGGACGUGUGUGGGGACGCCGUCCUACAUCUCACCAGAGAUCUGCGAGAGUCGGCCGUACAACAACAAGACGGAUAUCUGGUCUCUGGGCUGUGUCCUGUAUGAACUCUGCACCCUGAGGCAUCCAUUCGAGGGCAGCAGCUUGCGGCAGCUGGUCAGUAAGAUCUGCAGGGGGCGCUACAACCCGGUGCCCGGCCGCUACUCCUACGACCUCCGCCUGCUGGUCACGCAACUCUUCAAGGUGAACCCCAGAGACCGCCCCUCGGUCAGCUCGGUCCUCGAGCGUCCGUUCCUGGAGAAGCACAUCAGCAAACAUCUGGAUCCACAGGUGAUGCAGCAGGAGUUCAGGCCCUUGAUGCUCCAUCAGAACAGAGCAGCAUCACGAGCAGCCAGGACCAGAGCAGCAGAGAGGGUCCAGAGGCGGAGAGGAGCCGAGAGGCCGGGGGGCCGGGGCCCGGGGGGGCCGCUCGCCAGGCCGGACUGGAGGGUCCCACUCAGAGCCGAGACACCCGCCCACCACAGACCUAUUCAUCAAAGAGCAGAACAACCAGAGAGAAACGUCCCAGAGCAGAGGUGAGAGAGAUGCAGGUUCAAGCAGCCGGUCGGUCACUACCAGCUGUACCACGCUCAGCUGGACGUCCUCCAGAGGAGGAGCCAGGAGGAGGAGGUCCUUCCUCCUGAGAGGGAGGGGCCAUGUGAAGACCACGCCCCUCGUCCUGCGGAGCCGUAUCAGCUUGUGGCAGCUGCUCGUCAUGAAUACCUGCAGAGGAGACUGGAAGCAAACCAGUACAAGCUGAGAGCAGAGAAGCAGCUGGGUCUGCGUCCGUGCACAGCCGAGCACAGCAGGAGGCCUGGAGGUCAGGGGGGGGGCGUGGGACGACCCGAGCAGCAACACACACCUGAGGACAGACGACACACACCUGAGGACAGACGACAGGAAGGACAACAGGAGUACCUGCGUCAGUUGGAUGUCAUCAGGCAGCAGUAUCACCAGGAGAUGAAACAGAUGAGGAGAAGAGCUGAAGCUGAGUCUCAUUCACAGCAGAAGCACAGAACCUUCGUGGUGGAGAAACCCAGAGAAGCUGGAGCAGCUGGAGCAGAGCAGCAGGAAGCUCCUCCUCCUCAGGACAUGGAAGCAGCUCUGAGACGAGUGAGACACGAGACCACGGCUCUGCAGGGACGUCCCAGAGACAAGAAGGGAAUCAUGUUCGAGAUCCCGUUAGAGGACGAGGAGGAAGAGGGCGUCGACCCACUGAACCAGACCCUGGGCUUCCAGGCGGGGGAGGAGUUGAAGCUCAAGGAUUGGUUGGAGAAAAGAAGGGGGUGGAGCUUGAGGACGCCUCGGACUCUGCUGGACGCACUCGCCAACAUGGACGUCCACUACGAUCCUGUCACUGAGACUAAAGAAGGUGAGGAGUCGGGGGGGCACAGGCGGUGGGGUGACGCCCCGCCCACCACGCUGCUGAACGCUCUCGCUCAGGCUGAACUUGCUUCGUCGACUCUGGACUCAGAAGAGGAGGAAGAGAAGCAGGAAGAGAAGCAGGAGGAGGAGGAAGAGGAAGAGGAGGAGGAAGAGGAAGAGGAAGAGGAAGAGGAAGAGGACUCUGAUGUGGAGAUGGAUGAAGAGCGACUGGAGCCGAGGUCAGACGACGACGACACGAACUUCGAGGAGUCGGAGGACGAGCUGAGAGAAGCGGUGGCCGACUCCAUGAGGAACCUGUUCGUCCCGGAGGACGGGAGCUCGGGGGGGACAGACAGCUCAGAGGCAGUGGGGGGGGACGAUGGGGAGGAGGACAGUGAAGACGGGUCUGCAGCAGACCCUCAACAGGUGGUUUUGUCUGAGGCCAGAGAACCUUCUGGUCCGGAACGUUCAGACGAGUCCAGGAGAACGAUCACACGUCUGUGAAUCCACAGCAUCAGAGCACGGACUCAUCAUGAAGGUGUGAGAGAGGAUCUCACACCUGGUGAACAUCUGGUGAACACCUGGUGAACACCUGGUGAACAUCUGGUGAACAUCAGCGCUCAGAUGCUUCCUGCUGAGGACAUCAUCUCUAAACACCUCAAGAAUACUUAACUUCCAGUGAAAUGUUUCCUGAAGCAGCUGCUCAUCCAUCAAGCUGACAGGUGGACAUCUGUUGGAGUGUGAGGUGUAUAGGUGGCAGCAGGACAGUGUGUGUGUGUGCGUGUGUGUGUGUUGUCAUGUGAUGAAGGAAUGUUUUUACAGUGUAAAGGCUCAUUUAUUAGUUUUGAUCAGAAACGUUCACGGAAACAGACGCAGUCUUCUGUCCGUCCUCCACGUCUCCUCACCGACACAGAUGAACAGGAGCAGUACCACCCAGAUCCUGAGGGGGCAGUGUUGCAGAGAGUUUAAACCAUAAGAUACAAAGACAUUUUAACGAUGAGGAAAUCCUUUGAGGAUUGAUAAGUUUAAGUGUUUGGUGUUGAUGAUGCUUCAUGCUCUGAAAUGGACGCAUCACUUCACAGUUUCUCAUCGAUGUGUUUGGAAUAUGUUGGAAUAUAUUUUAAAUAUGACGAGUCGCAGUAAAUGUAAAAUUAUUGAUUCUCAGAGUGUUCAAACUCUAACUUUGCCUUAAGUCAAAUGACUCUGCAGCUAACAAGUUCACCUGGGUUAUAGUUGUGUAUCUAUUACAGUAUUUUUGUACGAUUUCUUUUUCUCAGUGAAACGAGAACAUCAGUAGUAACGGCUCCUACAAAAUAAAGCUUCUUAUAAUUAACACAAAAUAAUCAGUUUCUCCAAACAACAGACGACGUCAACAUCGAUCUCCUCCACAAUAAAGCUGCUACUGAUUAUAAUGUUAAAUUAUUUAAUCAAUAAUUAAUCCGUUAUUUUCUUGAUGAAUUGUUACUAAUGCAGCAAUGAUGUCAAUACAAUAAUUCUAAU